AUGUGGGCACCUGAUAUCUAUGAGGGUUCACCCACCCCGGUGACAACAUUCCUUUCUAUUGCGCCUAAAAUCUCUAUUUCUGCAAAUAUGUCACGUGUUUCUAUUGUUGCUUCCUAUGAGGGUACAUUACAAGAAAUCUUCUUUUUCUGCAGCAUUGCUUCUAUGAUCUUAGGAGCACUGGCCGCCAUGGCCCAAACGAAAGUCAAAAGACCUCUAGCUCAUAGUUCGAUUGGACAUGUAGGUUAUAUUCGUACUGGUUUCUCAUGUGGAACCAUAGAAGGAAUUCAAUCACUACUAAUUGGUAUAUUUAUUUAUGCAUCAAUGACGAUAGAUGCAUUCGCCAUAGUUCCAGCAUUACGGCAAACCCGUGUCAAAUAUAUAGCGGAUUUGGGCGCUCUAGCCAAAACGAAUCCUAUUUCGGCUAUGACCUUCUCCAUUACAAUGUUCUCAUACACAAGAAUACCCUCGUUAGCCGGCUUUUGUAGCAAAUUCUAUUUGUUCUUCGCCGCUUUGGGUUGUGGGGCUUACUUCCUAGCCCCAGUGGGAGUAGUGACUAGCGUUAUAGGUCGUUUUUAUUAUAUACGCUUAGCGAAAAGAAUGUUUUUUGAUAGACCUAGGACAUGGAUUCUAUAUGAACCAAUGGAUCGUGACAAGUCGUUACUACUAGCAAUGACUUCCUCUUUCAUUACUUCAUCCUUUCCAUAUCCCUCUCCCUUGUUCGAUCUUACUCAUCAAAUGGCACUCAGUUCAUAUCUGUAAGUUCGUUCGAUCAUUGACAAGGUUCAAAGAAAGGGUGGGCCAUUCACCAUGAAGGCUAAA